UCAUACUUAUUGCAGCAAAAAAACAAAAAACAAUGCAGACGCACACGCGAGUGUAAAAUGGAGUAUCCACAAAUUGAUUUAUACGAAUUCCUCACUGAGUCCGAACUGCAGCAGUACUACAAUGCCGUCAAAAACGAAUUGAAAAUAACGAAUGCGGCCCAAUUUAAGUAUGCAGCGGACGAGGAUUUACGUUUCAUCGGGCUCUCGCGCCCGGAAAUCCGGAGGCUGCGUAAGUUCUACGAGAAGCAUUUUCCCCACAGCUACCUCAGCAAGAUCAAGCGUCUGCUGCAGGCGCCUGGCACGAUGGUUAAGCGGGAAGAGGCGCCUGCCGGCGGAGGUCAAGUGGCGCUGGAUGGUAGUAGUGCCUCUGCAUGCUCCUCUCUGGCCGCCAAGAACGGAGCCAGUUCUCCAAGCAAGGUGCCCAACAACAAGCACAUAAUACCGGCGGACUCCAUUAGUGUAAACAAGCAGCUGGGAACCGGCGAAUUUGGGAUCGUCCAACAGGGAGUCUGGUCCAAUGGCAGCGAAAGGAUCCAAGUGGCUAUUAAGUGCCUGUGCCGAGAGCGCAUGCAGUCAAAUCCCAUGGAGUUCCUUAAAGAGGCGGCCAUCAUGCAUUCCAUCGAGCACGAGAAUAUCGUGCGUCUAUACGGCGUAGUCCUGGCCACUGACUCCCUCAUGCUGGUCACUGAGCUCGCCCAUCUGAGAUCGCUGUUGGAAUGUCUCAAGGAUUCGGGACUGCGAGUCAGUUUCCUUACCAUUCCCACGCUCUGUGAGUUCGCCCUGCAGAUCUGCAAUGGAAUGCGCUACUUGGAACAGAAGCGCCUCAUCCACAGAGACCUUGCGGCGCGAAAUAUUUUAGUCUUCAGCAAGGACAAGGUCAAGAUCUCCGACUUUGGCCUGUCGCGAGCACUGGGCGUGGGCAAGGACUACUACAAGACCAACUUCAACGUGAAUUUAAAGCUGCCGAUCGCAUGGUGCGCGCCCGAGUGCAUCAAUUAUCUGCGCUUUACCAACGCCUCCGAUGUGUGGGCUUUUGGAGUGUGCCUAUGGGAAAUGUUCUCCUACGGCUUUCAGCCCUGGGCGGCACUUACCGGCUUGCAGAUUCUUGAGGCCAUUGAUGCACCCAACUACCAGCGGCUUGAACAGCCCGACUGCUGUCCCAGCGAGUAUUAUACAUUGAUGAUGAAGUGCUGGCAGGACGACGCUGCCAAGCGACCGCGCUUCGGCGAAAUCUAUGACCAACUGCCCGAUAUGAAGCCAGAGCAGCUUAAAGCUGUAGUGAAUUGCACAGAACCCAAAAAGGAUCAUCUACUUUAUCGCCAGGGCGAUAUUAUUAGCGUUCUAGACCGCAACACGGGCACACCCUUCUGGAAAGGCGUGCUCAGCACUGGCAAGACGGGCUACUUCAACCCCUCCAACACUGUGGCCUUCCUCGAAGGUCUGCCCACCUCCACACGUGAUUCAUUCAGCCGGGUGAGUGACCACAGAAUCAGCAAGCGCAAGUUGCGCACCGAGAUGAUUUCGAAGCCACAGAACGACUUCAAGCACACCGGCCACGUAGGUAUUGACGGAGCAACAUUUGGAGACAUCGCAUUCCUGGGAAGUUCGCAGAAUUACAAUCACGUGCCCAAGCAGAUAGUGACGCCCUACAAACCCUCGGAGGACAUUGAACAAACACCGCUCCUGCUGCCGCCAACGCCCACGAGUCCCGACUCUCUUCAGACUGCCAGUGGGUAUUUCCCAGAGGGUGCCAACAGCGGAGGCGCCAUGGGCACCUCUAUGAACCCCACAUUCAUUCCAUCCGCCGAACACACGCCUAAGCUGAUAGCCACCAACGGCCAGAGCUCAUUCGACUUUGCCAGCGGGUCUACAAAUCCGUUUUUUCUCAACAGAGGAGACGAUGAAAUGGAGUUUGGCUUGCAUAACAACAACUAUGGUGCGGAUGGUAAGAGUGUCCAUUCAGAAACGGGCUGGCGCCCCACCUCUCGAAGUAUUGUAGAUGAUCCUCAUGAAUACCACGAGAUCUCAGAUGAUGAGAUAGCGGCUGACAAGCUGGACUUUGGCCCAUCGCUGUUGGACGAGAUUAACUCGAUGUUCGGAUCGAUUAGCGCAGCUACAUGCAGUCACCCCAAGUCGCCCGGAUUCGAUCACGUGAACAGCAAAAAUGAGAUUACGGAAAUGUCUGCCAAGUUGGGCCAAAAAAGUGGCGACACCAAUGGCAACAAGCAUGGCCAUGGACUGCUGCCCACGCUCUCGAAAAAGAAAUCUUCGGGAACUGUAAAACCAAUUUCUGUAAAGGAUGAGAAGAUUCUCAACCAUGCCAUCGAGAUAGCCAACGAGAUUAGUGCUAGGUCGAUGAUUGAUCUGGUCUCUGAUCAGACACCCGUCAUCCACAGUCCUAAGCGCAAAUUCAGUUUCAGGUUUCCGCACUUAAGUAAUAAUGGAAGUGGCGACAAGGCUGGCGGUUUAGGAGCCAGCGGCUCCGCCCACACUCCCACCCAUGGCAAUGCAUCGCCCUUUUCCAAGAAAAAGAAUUUCACCGAGGAACUGCAGAGCAUUCCGGAUAUACAGUCGCUGAUCGGCAAGGAGGGACUGGAGGCCUACAACAGCCUGAUCGAGCGCAAGGCCCUGCUGGACAUUGGUCCCAGUCCGGCGGCCACCCUGCUCCGCCACCUGGACACCGACGAAUUCGAUCUGCACAGCCUUCACCAGUCGCAGCGCCCGAUGACACUGCCCACUCGAGGCGCCACCCAGCGGGUGCGCAAGGCGGAACUGGCCGCCGGAUUGAGUCGCCACAAUGACGAGAACUCGAAUUCGCUGGAGGCGUGCGAGAGUCCCAGCUACAUGACCCACGGCAGCUACAAGUUCCCCGAGGCACAGCCCACCGAACAGCUUCCGGAGGCGGAGCCGGAGUCGCCAAACCCCAUUCCCCUGCCGCCGCGCGAGGGCAAAAAGCAGGUGAAGACCAGCACCAAGCGCCAUGUGCGCAAGUAUCCGUUGAUAAUCCCGGCCAACGGUUUGCAACGCACCCUCAGCAAGCUGACGGACUUCGGUGACGAGGCUGGCAAAUCAACAGAGCUAUCCAGCUCUUCCCAACCACAGCCAGGUCGAGCCAUCGAAGUAGUGGCCGCUGUGCGGCCGAGUAGCAUGCGACGUCCGUCGCGGCCCUCGGAGCGGGAGUACGAGAACAUGCCGUCAGUGGACAAGGAAUCCGCUCACACCUACCAGAACUUGGACAAGCUGGCUCCUGCCGAUGCUGCCGGCUUAACGGACACAGCUUCGCUGCAGUUCGAGUCCAUCCUGGAGGCUGACACCAGUAAGGAGGGCAUUCUGCAGUCGCCGGAUGUAACAGACGGAUUCUACAACUUUUCCAUUCAGAAGGAGCACUACAACAAGGGAAAGGAUGCCGAGUUUGAGGCCACUCAAAUAUCCGGCCUGUAUGUGAACGAUGACGAACUUCGCAACCUGGACAUCGAGAGCAGUCGCCGGACAGCCACUCCAGGCAGCAGUUGCAGCGCCUUGGAAUCGGAGGUCAGCCAGACAGAUGCGUUGCCGCCAUCAGAGUCUGCAUCGGAAGUGAGUCGCUUCGCAAGUGCAGACAAUGAGCUGGCUGGUAAUGCACUAUUCAAAAAGGUUCGAGCCUCCGUGAACAUGGCCAUGAACAGGAAGUCAGUAGCCGAAACCAGCAUAAGCGGCAACCAGCCAGGAGGAGCUUCUGCCAAGCCACAAACUGAAGCAGAAUACUUUGCAGCCACCGCCGCCCGACUAGCGGAUUCCAAUUCGGUGAGCUGUGAGGACCUGCUAGAGUUCUCUGACAAGAAGCCCAAGGGUUGCGAACGGGGCGUGGACUCGGAUGAAGUGCGCAUAAUGGUGAAAGUGCUCGGAAAGGAUAGCACGCCCAAUCGUUGCUUGGGUGCCCUGGAGUUCAUCAACUGGGACGUGCACAAGUCUAUCAAGCUCAUCAAGUUGCAGAACCUGGUUAGCGAGGCCAAUCUCAGCCUGGAAGCCUCCUUCGAGGCGCUGCAGCAGCACGAAUGGGAUCUGCACACAACGGCCCACAAACUAAAUGGCCUUAAACUUUAAAUACUCCUCUAAGGCCCCCACUUCUGGAUCGUCCUGAUCUGGCUUCAACGACCGCCGUUGCCUUAACCUCAUAACUAUCGUUUCUAAUUUGUAGGCUAAGCUUGGUAUAGAUCUAAGUAAUUUGGAACUAACGUAAUCACUGCUCGCCAUUGGCUGCCUUCAUUCGGAUCCAUAGAAUCUCAGCAUGUACUUAUUCACGCAUGCUUGGUCUGCAUGCAAGUAACCAGCAUCAAAAUACACAUUUAUGCACCUGCGUACAUAUAUAGACAUUUUCAAUAAAUUAUAAACAUUUUAUACACGGCCUUCAGCUGAUUUAAAAUGUUUGUUUCUGUGAAA